UUAUAUCUUUGAUCCGCGGGAGAACAUUGUCAUCCACUGUGAGGCCAAGGGGAAGCCUCAUCCCAGCUUUUCGUGGACAAGAAACGGGACUCACUUUGAUGUCGAGAAGGACUCCAAAGUCCUGAUGAAGCCCGGUUCAGGAACUCUCGACAUUGACAUCAGCGGAGAAAAGGCUGAGGCCUACGAGGGAACGUACCAGUGUACGGCACACAAUGAGCACGGCACCGCUGUAUCCAACGCCAUUGUCAUCAGACAGUCCAGGUCCCCCUUGUGGUCGAAGGAGAGAAACGAGGCGAUCGCGGUGCAGAUGGGGGUCUCCCUGGUGCUGCAGUGCCGACCCCCUGCAGGGCUUCCCCCUCCUAUCAUCUUCUGGAUGGAUAACAAUUUCCAGAGGCUCCCGCUGGAUAAACGAGUGUCCCAGGCUCUGAAUGGAGACUUGUACUUCUCCAAUGUUCUCCCAGAAGACACCAGGAGCGACUACAUCUGCUAUGCUCGCUUCCCUCACACACAAACCAUCCAGCAGAAACAGCCCAUCUCAGUCACCGUGCUGAACAUGGAAACAAUGAAUGAGACAGUGGCUGCUUUAUACAAUGUCACUGAUUUCUAUAGUGAUAGCCCAGAGGGGGAGCGUCGCCCCGGUUUCAUGAUGCCUCUGGGCGCCACCAGCACCAAGAUGGUUCUGAGAGGGGAGACUCUGGAGCUGGAGUGCGUUGCCGACGGCCUACCCACUCCAGAGAUCUCCUGGGAGAAGGUUGGAGGAGAGCUGCCGAGCAGCAGGUUGUCCUUCUAUAACUUCCGGAAAACGCUCAAGGUUUCGGAUGUGAAUGAAGGCGACGGUGGGGACUACCGCUGUACAGCCACAAACAACCUGGGCACCGCAUCCCACAUCAUCAAGGUCACUGUCAAAGCGGCUCCUUUCUGGGUCAGCGCUCCCAGGAACCUGAUCCUCGCCCCGAACGAGACCGGCAUCCUGACCUGUCGAGUUAAUGGAGAACCCAAACCUGCGAUUAGCUGGUUUGUCAAUGGGGUCUCCUUAGAGAACGCACCUGAGGACCACAGUCGGAAAGUGGACCAUGACACUGUGAUUCUUAGCAACGUGCAAACGGGGUCCAGUGCCGUCUACCAGUGUAACGCCUCCAAUGAGUUUGGUUACCUGAUGGCAAAUGCAUUUGUCAACGUUCUUGCUGAGGCACCGAGGGUUCUCACUCCACCUAACCGAGUGUACCAGGUCAUCACCAACAACCGUGCAUUGCUUCACUGCGCCUCAUUCGGCUCACCAAUACCGACUAUCACAUGGUUCAAAGACAGUCAGACCAGCGUUAAGAAUGAUGACCCUUACGUGAUCCAUGAGAACGGCACAUUGGAUAUUCAUGUGGCACAGCCAAAAAACAGUGGAAAGUACACAUGUAUUGCCACCAACAACUUGGGGAUCAAGGAGAACCACGUCUACCUGGAAGUUAAAGAGCCCACCCGCAUCCUGAGGCAGCCAGAGUACAAGGUGGUGCAGAGAGGAAUGAGCGCUGUGUUCGAGUGUAAAGUCAAACACGACCCGUCCCUCAUUCCCACCAUGACCUGGCUCAAAGACGGUGGAGAGCUGCCUGAUGGGAGGUUUGAGGUGAACGUUGACAGUCUGACCAUCAAAGAUGUGACAGAUGAAGAUGAGGGCACCUACACCUGCAUCAUGAACACCACCCUGGACCAGGACUCAGCCAGUGCGAUGCUGACUAUCGUAGAGGCUACUCCUCCUCCAGCUAUUGUCUACGAUAAACCUGACCCUGCAACGGAUUUGGAACUGACGGACCAGACAGAAAGGAGCGUGCAGCUCACCUGGAUCCCUGGAGACGAACACAACAGUCCCACACAGAAGUUUCUGAUCCAAUUCGAGGAUCUGCUCCACCAGCCCGGGGUGUGGAUCAACCUGACGGAGGUUGCCGGUACGAGCACCACGGCACAGUUAAACCUCUCUCCAUACGUCUACUACUCCUUCAGAGUCCUGGCUAUGAAUCACAUUGGCUACAGCCGGCCCAGCCAGCCCUCAAGCCAAUACAGGACCAACCCAGCAGCUCCCAAUGAAAAUCCAUCAGAUGUUCAGUGUGCAGGAACAAAACCGGGCAACUUGGUCAUCUCGUGGACACCGUUGACAGGAUUUCAGGCUAACGGGCCGAGUCUGGAGUACAACGUGCAGUGGAGACAGAAGGACAUGGAUGAGGGUUGGUCCUCAAAGACUGUGUCCAACGUUUCACAGUUCGUUGUGUCUGGAACUCCGAUCUAUGUGCCCUACGAGGCCAAGGUUUACGCUUUGAAUGACUACGGCAGCGGGCCUGACCCUGAAGUAGUGAAUGGAUACUCUGGAGAAGACUUGCCUCUGUCGGCUCCUGAGAGUGUGCAGAUCAUGGUUCACAACAGCACACUUGCAGAAGUGCACUGGGAGCCGGUUUCUUUGCUCUCCGUUCAAGGAAAACUACAAGGAUACAAGGUAUACUACCAACGUGAGCGCGGCGUGCAAGACACAGAGGACACAGAGCAGCAGGAGCAGGAUUUGACGUUCAGUUGGAAUCGUAGCGAGGGACGUCUGCCAGGCCUGCAGCCUUACAGCCUCUACAACAUCACCAUCAGAGUCCUGAAUAACAAAGGAGAAGGACCUCCAAGCCCCAGCAAGACAUUCAAGACCCCUGAGGGAGUCCCAGGGCGUCCAUCUUUUCUGAAUGCCAUUAAGCCUGAUUUAGACUCUCUCACUCUGGAAUGGGGCCCUCCACUGAACAACAAUGGACGGCUUACUGGGUACACACUGAAAUACCAACUAGUCAACAACACCAAUGAACUGGGGCCAGUAAAGGUCAUGACCUUCCUAGCCAACGAGACCACCAUUACCCUGGGCAACCUGAACUCCAGCAUGCUCUACAAGUUUUACUUAAGUGCACAUACAAUCAAGGGCUCUGGGCCCAUCAUCACAGAGGAGGCCUUCACAGUCAUGGACACAACUCGUACUCAGCCCACUUUAGAGACGGGCAAAGGCCCUACAGAGCCCCCUCACCCAACUUCCCCCAUCACUCAGUCUCCGCAUCCCCCGUUACACAAGGUGCCGCCUGUAGGCCCUGCGUUUGGCAAAGUUAACACGUCCAUGUUGGAGGACGGUGCAGUGAUCAGUUGGGAUUACUUUGGACACCAUAAGAAUGUAUAUGUGGAGUAUAUUAUAGAAAACAGUAAAGCGGAGUGGGAAAAGGAGUUGGUAAACGGUUCACACUGGCAUAUGAUAAAAGGUUUAAAGCCGGGGACGUCCUAUAAGGUGCGUGUGGUCGCUAGAGACCCGGCUGACCCGACGGUCCACAGCACGGACGAGGUGUUGGUUGCGGUGCCAGCUGUACCCAGCCGGCAGGUAGACAUUGCCACCCAAGGCUGGUUUAUUGGCCUGAUGUGUGCCAUCGCUCUCCUCAUCUUGGUCCUCCUCAUAGUGUGCUUUAUCAAGAGGAACAAGGGUGGCAAAUAUCCAGUGAAAGAGAAAGAAGAUGCUCACCAAGACCCAGAGAUCCAGCCUAUGAAGGAGGAUGAUGGGACAUUUGGAGAGUACAGUGACACGGAGGACCACAAGCCGCUGAAGGGCAGCCGGACGCCGUCCAACGGGACGGUGCGCCGCGACGAGAGCGACGACAGCCUGGUGGACUACGGGGAGGGCGGGGACGGACAGUUCAACGAGGACGGCUCCUUCAUCGGCCAGUACAGCGGCAAGAAAGAGAAAGACACGCACGAAGGCAACGAGAGUUCGGAGGCCCCGUCGCCCGUCAACGCCAUGAACUCGUUCGUCUAACGACGGGCAGCAACCCCCCCCCCCCCAUCCCCCACCCGCGCAGCCCGGCUGCGACGGAUGCUGCAGCCGCUCCUCGUCACCCUUUGGCAAGUGUGACCAUCUCUGUGGUGGCAGUUGCUACGGUGACGGUCGUCGUGGGCGUCCUACUUCGAGCGAGGUGGCCGUCCCCCCGGUGGCUCCUCCCCAUUGGCCACCUGUCACCGAGACUGCUUGACACGGCCUCAUCUCCACACCCGCCAGCCCCCGUCACACCGCAACCUCUUCGUAUCGACACACACUCAACACGACCAAGACACCCACAUCACCCAUAAGCAUUGAAAGAAGGUGUGAAGCGAGGGAUGCGAGAACUCCGAGAAGAGGGAAGGAGAGAGGAAGCAAUAUAAAGAAAAGCAGAAGGAAUGUACAAGAGAUUUUUACCACUCAGACUGAGCAGAAGUGUGUGUGCCUGUGUGUGUGUGUGUUAGUGCCAUUUGAUCUCCUUUGCGAUCAUACUAAACAUGAUGAAUCCAAAUAUAUAUUUUCUCAAAGUACAGUACGUGACCCGCAGGCAGGCAAAUAUGCAUCGACUCACGUUCACAAACAUCUGCAUGGAGUAAAUCAUGAUUCUAGUCAGCAUUUUACCACCUUUCGUGUUGGAGAGGUUAGCUGUGUGUUCAGACUGUAUAUGGUGCACGCCGACUAGCGACUGGGUAUUCCUUUUUAUUGUUUCAGUCAGUGUUAAAUGGCGUAUGAUAUAUAGUGGAAAAAGUGGUCUUUGGCAGGGUGUUUAUGGAUACUGCCGUGAAAUGCGUGACUCAAAACAGAGGCUAGCAUGUCUUCUUGAGACGGAUGAAGUGUUUGUAUAUAUCGAAUAGAAUAAGAAGCUAUAUUAAAAAAGCGGGGGUUAUCCAUUUGUAGUCGUUGGAAACCUGGCUAGAAACACUUUGAACUCAGCGUUCGCUCACCAGCCAGCCAGAACUCCCACACUUAUUCCAAUCAGCCGGUUUUCAGCCACAUAUUUUCUCAAGCUUUCAUUUAAUCGCGAGCAUUUAUUUGUUGGGGCUUUUACCCUCCCGACCCGUUCCUUUUUCACCGAGCCUAUGCUUCCUCUUCCUGAGCACCCACUGAACACAAGCGGAGCUGUGAUUGUUCCAGUGUCAUUAUCAAGCGCUUCCACCCCCCUUUCCCGAAUCGCGGCCCCCGUGCAGGCUUUUCUUUUUAGGCGAUCGUGGCGUUGCCCGAGCGGCCCGACAUUGCGUCCAAUGCCUCUCAUGUAACGGCAGAACGAGAGAGAGGGUUUCGUACAACAGGUGCACCUGAACAGGGUUAAGUGGCACACACUUUAGUUUCUGGAUGUUUCGAUUUUUUGGUGAGAACCUCUCAGCACAGUAUCUAGUGCCUUCGUAGAGAACAGGGACUUGGAUCCAAAGAUUUAGAUCCCUCUUCACACACAGGACAGACCUGGGAUCAGUUCUUAACAGUCCGUGAUUCUUUUGCAUUCAGCCUACCACCCCAUAUGACUCAAAAGACAACUGGGAUUUUAUAAUAUCACGUUACAGCUUUAUCUUGUGUGAGCUCAGUUUGUGAAGCAUCCACGUCGGCGUACUAACCUCCAAUAGCCUCUUUGAGUCUCACUUUGGAGUCCAGGGUUCCUACACAGGCGUAAAAACUAUUUAAAAAGUGGAUUUUUCAAAAAUGACCUUUUUCACGCUUGUAGACCGGCAUUAGUUGUGAGGACUUAUUUUGAGCUACGGAUUGUUAGUGCCUCGUUGACAAUCACACACCCAGUUAUCAUCAGCCCGUAUGGUAUUCAAACACACCGACAGAGCAUACAGGACGAUCCAGCUCGGAGUUAAAGCAAAUGUGAGGAAUAUUACAACGUGUAGGAAACAUGAGAUCAGAGCAUGGACACCGUCUUCAUGCAUUCACGUCAAGCGUUCUCCCCCUGACACUCAUCUUCAGGUGGAGCCCCUGCUCCAGCAGCACUAAACUACUGCCAGCCUACUCACCAGGUAACUGCCAACGGGAGCCAGACUCACCAUCUGGUCCAGACCACUGUUCGAACGAGACUCACUGUCACUGGUAGCACUUAGAAAUGAAGGGGUUCGGAAAAUGUGCGUAAUGAUACUGAAUGUGGAAACAAGUGUAUCUGUUUAUGUGAAUGAAAAUAUUGCUUGUUUCACUGCAAAUGGUAUACACACUGGUGACUUUGGUUUAUGCAUUUAACCUUAUAUCUGUGUAUGUUGUCUCGUUCUGAGCACAGCACUCAGUGAGUUUUUUAUUCCGGUAAAUGAAUGAAGCUUGUGUGCGAAUGUCUGGGUGCACAAGUGUGCGUACUGUGUGUGUGUGUGUGUGUGUGUGCAGCACAUGCAUGCUACUGUGUUACAGCGUGUGUGAUGUAUAAUAUCACUUUUCCAUGGAUAACAGUCUUUAAUUCUGAUGUGUGUGUCUUCCUUCAAUGGGAGAUACAAGAGCUUUUUUUUUUUUCCAGAGAACAUUUCCACGUCUUAGGUUUAAUCAUAACUUGCAUCAAGUUUUUACGUUGCGAUGUGUCCGCUUUCCACGUGUAGAUAUUUGUGUUGUCUUUUGUAAAUAAUGGCUUGACUUGAGAGCAGAGUUCUUUGAGGUCAAAGGUGAGAGCUUAACCUCAAUUGGCCCCACUGCAUUGUGGGUAGGAGGGCGUUGGUUGGGAUGACACUAUUUACAGUUUUCACUCUUUCAUUUGCUGUGAACAUAUUUUACGUUCCUUCAAUUUUCUUGAACUUGUCCGGUGAAUUUGCUAGCUCAAAUGUUUAGCCUAUCAGGUUUCAAAGGAGAUUAUUUAACUUGUGACUGAGCUCUUGUGACACCUGUAUAGUUUCUUUGACACUUCAUGCACCUUUUCUGUAUUUUUUAUAAAAAGGCACACACUUAAACAGAAUGUCAUUUCAAACGCAUCUCAACUAGUGUACGACUAAAUGUGGAAGUGGAGCUGGAAGACAUCCGAUCAACCCGACGCAUCCUUUUUAAGAGUGGACACAUUUAAAAAAAACUCACGAAAGUGUAAUUUGGAUCAUACAGAAGGAGGGCCGGCAUGGACGGAUAAGCGAGCGGCAUAUUAGAGUGUGAAUACCCCUGAAACAAUGUUAGUGACUGGUGAACAUACACUAGGAUAUAUAGAAUAUGAUAUGAUACAAUAUGACAUUCUGGUUAAUGUUGAAGCUAAAUUGAGAAGCAUGAAAGGCUGUCGAAUUGGUUUACUCUACAAUAUAAUAUUGCAAACAUAUUUUGUAUUUCAAAUGAAGUUUAAAAAAUGAAAUAAAUGUUGGUUUCAGGAUUUC